GAAACCUUCGUGAGCCAAACAGCAGCAGCGGAACGCCUUCGAAGGAGGGUGGUGCAGGAGCGGGACGAGGUCGAGUGCUCGAAAAGGACAAGGCCAGCUUCCUGCAGGAACUGCAACUGUUCCACGGCCGAAAUGCGAUGAGAGGUAGGAAUGUGGAUUCGCACCGGUUGUAUUGGGUGGUGGUGGCCCGGGAUUGGUGGUUGAGGGUCAAUUCGCGUGAGGACCAGGGCGAGAUCAUCGAGGAGAUGGCGCUGCCGAAGCGUUGCGUGAACAACGAGAUUGCGUUGAAGAAGAUUAACUUCCGGUUUUUGGACAAGUACGCGAAAGUUUAUAUUCACGAUGGGCCUCCGACGAAAAGGAGGACGACGAAAAGCUACAUAAUUGGAGGUGGUCAGCGCAGAUGUUGCACUCGGUGCCGGCGGUUUACAGCACCGCAACUUCCCGCCCACAAACACUCACGUCGCGACGGCGCAGCUUCAGCCGAAUGAAUCUGGACAGUGAGCCAAAAAAAAUCUGUGUCAUUCUCGAAGUAGGAUUACGUGCUCAAAAUCGAACUCCGUACCGAGGGCCUCAUCAACUCCAUGUUCCGGAUGCGCUUCCAGGAUCGGGAACUCCCCGUUCAGGCACUUUACUUUCCAGCCGGAAAACGUCGACCACCCUUCCCGAAUCAAUGGCCAAAUCCUCCAAGACUGUCCUGAUUGACGCCGGAAACGUGACCAUCGUGUUACACUACUGUCGCGCGUCAAAGCCUCCAUCCGGAACCGUCCAGCCUGGGGUAUUCGGAAGUGACCGGUGGCGUACCGUAUGAAGCAAAAGCUAGUGGAGAAGCGUUAAAU